ACGGCACUGACUACGUGAGCGGCGCUCUGUGCCAGAAGCUGGAGAGCGAGACAGUGAGGGAAGGAGGAAACCCUGAGGAGUGAGUGACUGCUUCUAAACAACGGGAAUUAUAUCGGACAUAUUGCUUCUCUUAACUGUGGGUACGAGGUCACAACAGUGAGACAUGCGGGUUGGCUGGUGACAGCCCGAAGCUACAGAGACAGAAAACAUGGUGUCCUGGAUCAUUUCGAGAAGUGUUGUACUGCUGUUCGGGACCCUGUAUCCUGCAUAUUACUCCUACAAAGCUGUCAAGACCAAAAAUGUCAAGGAAUAUGUGCGAUGGAUGAUGUACUGGAUUGUUUUUGCCCUCUACACUGUGGUGGAAACCAUCACUGACCAAACUGUAGCAUGGUUUCCUCUGUACUAUGAGCUGAAGAUAGCCUUUGUGAUAUGGCUACUGUCACCCUACACCAGAGGAGCCAGUCUCAUUUACAGAAAGUGUCUGCACCCACUGCUGUCCUCCAGAGAGAGGGAAAUAGAUGAGUACAUUGUACAGGCCAAAGAGAGAAGCUAUGAAACCAUGGUGAACUUUGGCAAGCAGGGACUGAGCAUCGCAGCCACCGCCGCCGUCAGUGCAGCUGUCAAGGGUCAGGGAGCCAUCACAGAGAAGCUGCGUAGCUUGAGUAUGCAUGACCUCACACAGAUAAGCCAGGAGGACGACAGAGGAAACCAGCUGUACCAGUACAGCUCCCACUCUGCAAACCCUGCCAUCAGGAGAUCUCAGAGCACCGAUGCAGCCGACGGACCAGAAUACUUUUAUGAUCAGGAGGAGAGGUCGGAUGAGGAGACUGAGCCAACCUUCUCUGAAGAUGAGGCUCUUACUCAGAAAGGCCUGAGACGAUCGCAGAGUGUCAAGAUCACACGGUCCAGAGUCCGUAAAGAUGCUCGUUAUGGAUCCCUGAGGAUUAAAGGCAAGAAGAGACCAGCACUGAGCUCUGUUAAUUAUGGCACGUAAAACGACUACUGCUGAGACACCCAGCAGACAGCAGACGGCCUGCUGAUUGGUGGAUGGUUUUGUCAGUCUGUAUUCCAGCUCUUGUCACUCUGAACUCCCUCGUCUCUCUGAUCGUGAGCUUUGUGUUGACAUAUUUAUCUCCUAACUCAUCUUAAACCAUAGACUCUCAGAGAACUUUGUCUUUGGGAUGAUUACAGACAUGCAAACUUUGCAUGGAUGCUUUGUUUGUCUGUUUUUCUUUACUGUUGUAGUGUUUAGGUGUGAUGUUAUAUCUGUGGUCUUUAGAUUUUAGAUUAAUUUUUAAGUCAUUUUUUUAUUUGUGGUACCACUUUCUAAUAAGACAUCCUCUAUGUGCAGUUGAUGUAAAACUAAUGCUUUAUUAAUUGCACAGGUAUGAGCUUCUAAUAUAAGCAAGGUUUUGGGUUGCCAGGUUUGGCUGUGGUUUGUCAACUUGCUGUGUUUGUGUCUGUCUCCAAGUAGACUGUCCUCUCGUCUUCUGGAUCAGAUAUUUUAAUUAUAAUAAACAAGAGUUUUAAGAUAAUAACUACAGACCCUGUGGUUUCAUAGAAGACGGAGCCAGGACCCUUUUAAUGGUGAUGUGGUGAACAUAUUAGUGACGUUAGCAUUUAUCCCUAGUUCGUUUUCAUUUUUUUUCGGAAAUGCCAACUUUGGCAUCUAUUAUCCGAGAACCAGCUGUUCUCUAGCCAGUGAGGAAAGUGAAUACAAAAUAUUGCUGUUCAUUACCUUUUAAAGGCUAAAACAAUCAUUACAACAAUCCAAAGAUAUUUUUUUACAACCUGGCAACCCAAAAGUUUUUAUUUCUAGCUUAUAAAUGCUCAACAAAGCAUUAUUAAAGGAUUUUAUUACCCAUUAGGUAAAGUGAAGCCUUUAACCUUUUGAAAACAUGGCAUCCGUUUUGCCUCUGCUGCCUUUCAGGUAUUUUAUCGAGGAGGGACUUGUUUAAAGGACACUCUGACACUUUGUUCAGUUUGAGUCAGUUAACUGCUCUGUGGCUUAGGAUACUAAUGAAUGCUUUUUUUUGACAUGGGUGGCUUCAAUCAGUCUCAGACACUUGCAUCAUUCCCUGACACAGUGGUAACAGUAUGAGAGCCCAUGUCCCAGAGGGACACCAUCCUGUCUGAACUCUUGGACUUUAGGAGAAGAGGGAUUGAACCUGUCUGUGUGAAACACACUUUAAUGAAACUAAUGAACACCAGCCGAUCCUUACUGCCCUCGGAGGAAGACCCUGAACACCGACGAAGAGGAGUAAUGGGAAGAGAAAACCACGUUGAUAAACACAUGGAUGAACUCACACUCCUUUUUAAUGAUGAUUUCUUAUUUUCAUGCUUUUACUCAUGUAUUUGUAUAUGAUCACAUCCCUGGUUGUAAAUGUCUAACUGUUUAUCUUAGUAACAGAGAAGAUUGGCCUUUUGAAAGUUAUUUUUGUGUUGUUUUGCACAUAUACCUCCUAUCAUUGCUGUUGUUGCUUGUCAUCUCAUUUUAUAAUGUACUUUGCAUUUCUUGCUGAUGGACACUAAUACUUGCAGAGUGUUGUAUUGUAAAGUGUGACUUGUUUUUGUUCUCUUGUACUGAAGUUAGAGAUACAAACUGCAGAAGGUUCCUUUAACAGUGACUGUGGUGUAGAGUCAGUUUUGACUGUUUCUCUGACAGAAACAUUGUCUAAUCAGUCGUUGUGCUUCUGACUCAACACUACAAGUGAUUUGUGUGUGUGUUCUUGGAAACAUGGGAGCCGAUACAGCAGGGUGACAAAUUAAAGGAGAAACAUGAAUCCAGUGCUGACAGUGAGUGUCUGGAAAGUCGAAUAAUGAGGCCUGGAUUUUGUCCUCAUCACUUUGAAAUCACUGUAGGAAGGGAUUUCCUCAUGGCCAGUUUUUAAAAGGGAAGAAGUUAUCAGCCCAUUUUAACAACAUGUUUUCAGCAGGGCUGGGACGCUUUAUCUAAUAUUCAGAUCUUGUGAGAGUUAAAUUAUGAAUGUUUGUGCAAAUUCAAGCAAGCACGGUGAAUCAUUUAAUAUAGUUUGUGAGAAGCAGUGUGGAGGACUUUUAGAUUCUGGACUCUUGAUAAUGGCCAAAACUGCUACAGCUAUUUUUUUUUUACUGUUAAAGCUGUAGACUCGCCUGCUGCUGCCGCUCCAACGCAGAUGAGCAGAAACACUUGUGCAAAGGGCUCAUAUAAAGGCCAUUUACCAAUUGAUGAUCACAUUGUUUUAAAAUGUCGGUCGGAGUUCUUUCCAACUCAAACAUUUUUUAAAGUGAAAGCCCUAGAUUUAAGAUCGAUGCAAACCUAGUCUCAAGCACAAAUUAUAUGUCAUGCAUGUUUGGGAAGACCUGUGAAGACAUGAACAGAGCCUGUGUCUGUACUUCCCUCCAGUAGAAUUCAACACACUUGGAUCCAUCUCUGACAAGAAGCACUGGAGCGUUGUGGUUGGACAGCACCUUUCUGGAGCUGUUUUUACACCUGCAUGUCUUUGUGACUGCUGCAAUCCGCGUGACAGACAACUGUCCAGAAUGUCCAAACCAUGUGUGCCCACUAGAGUGCGCCUGCCCAGACUUCCAGUGGAGUAUAUCAGGGUCUUCACCUGCUGUUGGAUUUUCCUCUUGUCAUUCAUCUGUAUUUCUGAGGAAGCCUGUGAACAUCUCCUUCCUAUGAGUGACUGUUUAAUCCCCUGACUAUUGACUGUCUCCUACAUGUGACCUUGUAAGUGAUGUUAUAUAUUUACCAUAAGUCUAAUCCGGCUUUAUGGAAACCAAAGCUCUGUUUAUUUGGGUUCAACAACACGCCAAACUUGUUCAUGUCCUAAUGUCCGAUUCUAACAACUGACUAAUGAUACCAAAGCUUCAUGUAGUCCCCCUGAGCUGGCCUGUUUGAUCGGUGGAGGUUAAACAUCCGGUGUGUGGCUUGCUGGAUUAUUAUUGCAAUAAAAUAAACGCUGCGCCCAUCACAGUGAGGGCAACAAAUAAAAA